CUGUAGUGCAGCUGCCUUGGAUUCAACAACCUUAGCUCCACAGUCGAAAGGGAUAAAAAAUGUCUUCCCAGAUGCCCCCAAAAUGUUGCUGCUUCACCAUCAAGACUGGAACCAUUGUCCUCGGAAUCUACCACGUGGUCAUGAGCAUACUGCUCCUGACUGAGUACUCGCUGGAGGUGGCUACUGGGAGCAGUUACUGCAAAGUCCUGGAGAAGGAUUACUACGUAAUCGCGGAUGUCACCACCAGCUUCCUGUUGAUCAUCAUGCUCUUUAUCACCAGCUUCUGUCUUCUCUAUGGAGUGGUGAAGAACAGGGAACGCCUCUUGAUUCCAUUCCUGGCUUUGCAAAUCAUGGAUUUUCUCCUCACCCUCUUCACAAUUUUCAGCUCCUACAUCCAGGUCCCUGAAAUGCUGUCAUUUAUGUCCAUUAGCCAUGUGAAAUCACACACAAAGGUUCCCUUCCUGACCAUGGAAAUACUUGAUUUCUGCCUGAGCAUCUUAACUCUUUGUAGUUCCUACAUGGAGGUCCCAGCCUAUCUCAGCUUCCACUCUGUGAACCAAGAGAGCUUCCUCCCAAGCCGUGAGAAGUUUUCUUCCGAGGAGUAUGCCAAAGUGAUGAUCACCUUCACCAUCACAUUCAUCGCUGUCCUCCUCCUAAAGGCCUACCUGUUCAACUGCGUCUUGAGAUGCUACAAGCACCUUAAAGCCAGCAAGAGAGAGGAGGUGAAAGUCUUGCCGGAGUUUGCUGAGAAGGCCGUGCUGCCCUCCUACGAGGAAGCCUUAGAACUGCCCUGCAAGGAGUCGCCACCACCCUACUCAGGAGUCUGAGCCUCACGCGCGGAGAUGGGACGACCGCUCUGCUGCUGUGAAUGCUGCGUAGCUUUCCUUCCGUACCCGGCUGAGCUCGGCUUCACUGGCCUCGCUUGGUCGUGGCGAGAGCGUGUCCCUCGUUUGCACCAAGCUCACUCUGCUCCAAUGGGCCUGGCGCACAGAGCAACCUCUUGCUGCUGUCAAAAUGUACGUGCAGGGUCUGAUUCUCCCCUCCUGCUGGUUUCACCCCAGCACAGCUCGGUUUGCUUCCGGGGCCCCUCUCCUGAGUCACAGCGCUCUGGCUGAGAGGAGAAUGGGAGCCACAGAGCAGGCAGGAGCUGAGCGAGCACAGUUCUGAGAGAUGCUUAGGUACCCGGCAGCCCUAAGGGAAAAGCCAAAGGGCAGGUGACCCCAAAUGAGCUGCAGAGCGGUGCUCAGCUUGUCUGUGUAUGGAACUGAGUAACUGUGCGCGCUGCCCUUAGAGGGGUUGGGGCCAUUACGUCCUGCCCGGCUGUUGUGCACUGCCAAGUGUUUGUGGUUUUGCUUUUCAUGUGUGAUUGGAACAACGAGUUUCAAUAAAACGCAGAUGGCUUCAG